AUUGGUUUUCUUCCGCAGCCGUCUCCACCUCAUUUUUUUCCGGCGGCAACAUCUCCGCCGUCGCCGUCGGCUCUUUACAAACCCUAAUUGCAGCACUUGAUAAGUCUAAGAAGUGCUCAUCAGAUUUAUUCACCGAGGCUUUCAGUUGUGAAUCUCAACAGGACAGGAUAAUCAACCUAUCGAUUCAAGAUGGUGUUAGCACAGUUGGGAGGGAGCAUCUCCCGUGCUCUUCAGCAGAUGAGCAAUGCAACAAUCAUCGAUGAGAAAGUCCUUAACGAUUGCUUAAACGAGAUAAGUCGUGCUCUUCUCCAGUCCGAUGUGCAAUUCAAGCUCGUCUGUGAUAUGCGGAACAACAUUAAGAAGAUCGUUAACCUCGAUGAUCUGGCUGCCGGUCAUAACAAAAGAAGAAUUAUACAGCAGGCUGUGUUUAAUGAGCUGUGUACAAUGUUGGAUCCUGGGAAGCCGGCUUUCACUCUAAAGAAAGGAAAACCUAGUAUUAUCAUGUUUGUUGGUUUGCAAGGAUCUGGGAAAACCACCACCUGUACAAAAUAUGCAUAUUACCAUCAGAAGAAGGGUUGGAAACCAGCUUUGGUAUGUGCAGAUACAUUUAGGGCUGGUGCAUUUGAUCAAUUGAAGCAAAAUGCAACAAAAGCUAAAAUUCCUUUUUAUGGAAGCUACACUGAGUCAGAUCCUGUCAAAAUUGCUGUAGAAGGUGUUGAUAGAUUCAAGAAAGAAAACUGUGACCUCAUUAUUGUUGAUACAAGUGGAAGACAUAAACAAGAAGCUUCUCUUUUUGAAGAAAUGCGCCAAGUUGCUGUAGCAACGAAACCAGAUCUUGUUAUAUUUGUCAUGGAUAGUAGUAUUGGUCAAGCUGCAUUUGAUCAAGCACAAGCAUUCAAACAGAGUGUUGCAGUUGGAGCUGUAAUUAUCACUAAGAUGGAUGGUCAUGCCAAGGGAGGUGGUGCACUUAGUGCAGUUGCAGCAACAAAAAGCCCUGUUAUAUUCAUUGGAACAGGUGAACAUAUGGAUGAAUUUGAAGUUUUUGAUGUCAAACCAUUCGUCAGCCGCCUCUUAGGCAUGGGUGACUGGUCUGGGUUUAUGGACAAAAUUCAGGAAGUUGUACCAAUGGAUCAACAGCCGGAGCUUCUGCAAAAGCUUUCAGAAGGGAACUUUACCUUGAGAAUUAUGUAUGAGCAAUUCCAAAACAUAGUCAAAAUGGGUCCUAUUGGUCAGGUAUUCUCAAUGCUUCCAGGAUUUAGCGCGGAGUUGAUGCCAAAAGGACAUGAAAAAGAAAGUCAAACAAAGAUAAAACGUUACAUGACAAUGAUGGACUCGAUGACCAAUGAAGAGUUGGAUAGCUCAAACCCGAAGAUAAUGAACGAAUCAAGAAUGAUGAGGAUAGCUAGAGGAGCAGGUAGGCAUUUGAAGGAAGUUAUGGACAUGAUGGAGGAGUACAAGAGACUGGCUAAAAUAUGGAGUAAAAUGAAAGGACUUAAGAUACCAAAUAAAGGAGACAUGAGUGCUCUUUCGAGAAACAUGAAUGCUCAACACAUGGGCAAAAUUCUUCCUCCUCAGAUGCUCAAACAGAUUGGUGGCAUGGGUGGUUUACAAAGCUUGAUGAAACAAAUGGGAUCUGCCAAAGACAUGAUGGGAAUGUUUGGUGGUGCUGGAGAUAAGUAGUUUCUUAUUUUAACACCUAUUUCUUCAUCUUUCAGCUUUAGCAAAAUUGGAUAAUAAUACUUAUGUUUUCUUUUGUUUUGUUUGUAUUAUACACUUUGUAAAAUCAAUUUCUUUCUCUUUUUAGAAUGGUUGAAGUGUUUGGGACAUAAUACAUGUUGAAGUGUUUGAUCAAGAAGAUGUACUUGAUUUAAAUUGG